CUAUUCAGGUUUUAAUUAAUUUUAAUCCAGCCCAAUUGUUUUACAUCCGUACAAAAUUUUAAUUUAUCACCUUGUUAUUUUAAUUUCAUCUAUUUGCUUUUAUCGAGUUUCAACUUUACUUUAUUCUAAACCUGAUUUAUUUUUACUUCUCCCUUUAAAUAAUAAACUUUAAGUAUACUUAUACUUAGUUUGUUGGCUAAAUUGAAUUUCUCAAAUUAUUCGACACUGAUGAUAUCAAAAGGGUUAAAUAAAAUAGACAAUUAAAAUAACGUGUGCUUAGGACCGGUGGUCGACGGAGAUGCACCGGAGACUUUGAGGUCUGCUGCUAUCCGCCAAAUGCCACGACAACUACGACGCCUCGUCCAACGAGAACCUACCCAACUAGACCAACCUACCCGACUAGACCAACAACAACAACAACAACAACGUCAUCUCCAAUGACAUUUCCAACUGCAAUACCAACAGCUCCGACGAUACUUCCCAACUGCAUCUGCGUGCUGAUGUCGCAAUGCGCUCCUAACGGAAUAGUCACCAUCUCCGGCGAGGGUAUAAUAAAUCCGCGGUACGGAUUGUGCCCCGGCAACUUGGUCUGCUGCAGCAUACUGGCGAACACAACGACAAGUCCCCCGACAAUGAUGACCACGUCUACACCGCCUGGAGAGACGCAACUGUGCUUCGUUUGCGGCAAUCUCACUGUAUGUUACACCUGCAUGACCGUCAGCACGUCCGACGGUGGUAGCAUGAUAGAUCCUAGAUUCUCUCAAGUUUUAUCGCAAGGAAAUAUUUGCACGGUGACAAACAUACCGUCCUGCCGGAGUACGUCGUCAAACGCGCCGCUUACGGACCUGGGUUCGUUGAAGAACCGUGGUACAUCGCAGGAAUGUUACUGCGUCAAGACCUGGCUGUGUUCCGAAGGAAACGAAGUCAGUCCGGAUGGUCUUGGCAUAAUUGACUCGAGAUUCACGUUGUGCUCGUCGGCAGAUCAAGUGUGCUGUCGGCUCGCAGGUAUCAGUCCUCGGGGUCUUCGCAACGCUGGCGCCUUCGUGUCCUCGGCCAGGGGUCCGAACGAACCGGCCAAUCGCUCCCCGCAGGCCGGUUGUGGUGUACAGAGCAAUGGUUACGCGCCGCCGCAGCCUGUUCCACCUGACUCCGAGGAAACCUAUUUCGCUGAAUUCCCAUGGAUGGUCGCGCUUCUCCUAAGGUCCACGACCGACAGUCCUUACGCUUUCCAGUGCGGUGCCUCGCUGGUCACCAACGGAGCCGUCCUCACUGCCGCCCACUGCGUCGUCAAUCAAAAGCCCGAGAAUUUGAUCGCACGCUUCGGACAAUGGAACAUAGGAAACAGCACACAACCGUUGCCUAUUCAAGAAGCGAAAAUUUUCGCGAUAGCUGUGCAUCCGUCGUAUUAUGGCGGCGGGCUUUUCCACGAUGUGGCCGUCCUCAUUUUGGCAGAACCAGUCACUUUUAGCGCGAACGUCCUGCCGAUUUGCCUUCCCGAACAAGGUACGGUCUUCUUGGCCGGGUCCAGAUGCUACGGACUAGGAUGGGGCAGCGAUUCGUUCGGUGAGCCUCAAGUUGAGCUUACACAUUUCCGCGUAUCACUUCUUUCGGCUUAUCAGAAAGCAUUCGUUCGUAAUCACGUUACAGAGUCGGGAGGGCAAUAUCAGGCCGAGCUUCGAAAGGUGAAUCUUCCUAUCGUCGACCAAGAGGAUUGUCAGACGCGUUUACGAGGCACGAAAUUGGGCCAAUACUUUGAACUGCAUGGGUCGUUUAUCUGCGCCGGCGGCGAAGCGAAUAGAGACACGUGUCGUGGCGACGGCGGUGGACCGUUGGUUUGUCAAGCUACUACGGGACAAUUCUUUCAGGCUGGCAUCGUAUCGUGGGGUAUUGGCUGCGGAGCGUCUAAUGUACCUGCGGUGUACGCCAGCGUUUCGCAACAUCGUCAAUGGAUAGAUCAGCAGUUUGCAACUUAUGGCGUUUAAUGUGUGUCGCAUGUAGUACGUUUAACGACAUUUCCAAUUCAGCAACUGCGAUUACGUUCCGUGUACGUACGCUAAUAUCACGCGCAUAACUUACGACAACUGUUGUAAUAAUAAUAAAAUGCAACGAUAGUUUUAUAACUUUGUGUACUUUACGUUAUUCAUUUUAAUUCGCUCGAGCAACCUGUAUUUUUUUUAAGUCUUCCGAUCGUACAGUAAUAAAUGCGUCAUAAUCGCAUUCUUCGAGAACGAGUAUCAGAAUGUAUUUGUUUUAGCUAAUAUCGAUAGCUGCGUAACACAU